UCCUCACAUCACUAGUGAAACCUCUGACAUUCUCAACAAAUGUAAACAUAUUGAUUUGUUGUAUUUUUAACUCAUUUUAUUGACUUGCGGCAAAGGUUCAUUACAAAAUGGACCAGGAGACCGCGAAGAAGCUCCUCGUCGAGGGCGGGACGUUCGUGUUCCUCGGAGUACCAGAGGAAACGCAGUUUGGCAUUGACAUGCAAUGCUGGAACACUGAUGAGGAUUUCCGUGGAAUUAAGAUGAUUCCACCGGGUUUGCACUACGUGCAUUACUCCGCGGUCAGCAAGAGUACCGGGGACGUCUGCCCAAGGUCUGGAUUCAUGCACUACUUCCACAAGAAAGAGUUUCUCGUAAAGAUGUGGGACAAGAAGACGGAAGACAUAAGCACAGAGGAGAUAAGCGAGGAGAGCAUCCAGCGGUUGAAGGACAACCUGUUCAACUUGGACCGGCACCUGGCUCCGUACCCCUAUGAGAUAUGGCAGAAAUGGAAGCUGCUCACAUCACAGAUAACAGCUGAACUUGCAACAAAACUGUCUCCAGAAAAGGGUAUCAUCCGAGCUUCAGUGGAACUCCUCUCCAUGACGGAUGAAGACCGGCCGCGAGGCACCAAGUCCGAGUCAAUGGAGAGCCAGGAGGACCCUGAAACACCGACUGAGGAGGGUGCGGAAGAGACUCCGGGACAGUCAGAUGCUAAGAGAGCUAAGAGAGUGACUAGGGCUGAGAAAGAGAAUGCAAUGUUACCGGACUUGAAACCUGUACCAGGCGCUUCAAUGAGGUUCACAGAAAUACCGCAGGACAAAUACCCUCCAGGUUCCACUCCAGAAGAGAUCACCAAGCAUUACUUAGACCAGUCCUACUCUUUAGAGCUGAUGAUCGCGCAACACGAUGAGCCCCUGCACAUCAUCGGAGAGCUGCAACUAGCAUACCUUUGCUUCCUAAUCGGCCACUCCCUCGAAUGCUUCGAGCACUGGAAGAGCCUCGUCAUCCUUCUCUGCUCGUGCGACGACGCCAUCCACAAAUACAGAAGCGUCUUCUUCCACUUCAUCAGAACAAUUGAGAUACAAAUCGAAGAGAUGCCUGAAGACUUCCUAGCAGAUAUCGUUAUGAACAAGAACCUAGUCUAUAAGAAGCUGAGAGAAUUCUUCAGAACAGCUUAUGUCAGCAAAGUAGAUGGACGACUCCUCACAAUGAUUGAACGAUUCAAGGAGAAUUUAACAGAGAAAUUGCAAUGGGAUUUCACGGGAUUGGAUGCUGAUGAUGAAGAUGAGAGACCAGUUAUUGUUAAAUUGGAUGAUACGGAGUAGAUAUGAAAUAGAUCGUAUCGAAACAAUUGGAAUUUUUGAAAUAUACCCGAAGUCACGCACGCCAAUGUGGAGGUCAAAUAAUCCGUUUGUAUGGAUUGAAUUGUCUGAGAUGAACAAAAUCCAUUCAAAUAUUGAGCAGCCUGGGCAAAAAAAAUAGAUAUUGUAUUGAGUUUGCGUAAAUGCAUUAUUUUUCAAAUAGUUUCAAUGUUAGGUGGAUUUGCUUGUUAUUAAAUAUAUUAUCUAUGCAUUUUUAGGUAUCUUUAGCAUUAAAUUUAUCGGAAUGUUAUGUCAAUUGAUGAUAUUAUUUUAUAUCUUUAUUUUUUUACAAACAUAACAAUGUCUGUUAGCAUAUAGGUUGUGACAUAGUUCGACGUGUUCCAACAUUGUAAAACUCCGAUAUAUUUAAUGUUAGUGAAAGUCUGCGACAGUUGCUGUCUCUGGGUUUUACCCGGUUAUAGGUGGUGCCAAGUGGGGAUUUGUGUAGCUUAGUAGGCUAGCAGACCCACCCACAUUUACUUAUAUACAUAUUUCUACCUAAAUGUUUUAGUACAAAUACCUGUUUAGCUUUCUCUUCAUAUUAAUUGUAUUUAGAUGUUUUUCUAUUACGGACUUUUUCAGAUGAUUCGUCAGUAGCUGUCAGUAGUGUACAUAUCGUAAGCCAAAAUAAAAUAAUUUUGGACUUGACCCUUUGAACGCCACGCAUAUCGCGUUGCGUGGUGUAUUCCCAUCUGUCCCCGCCUCAUGUAUGGCAGCGGUCUCGUAGGACAGGGACAAAUGGGAAUACACCAGGCACGUGAUCGUGAACCUUAUCAAAAUGCACAAAGGUAGAUUGGGCUUUAGUCGCGCGCGUCAGUUGAAGUCUUUGGCGGUCAACGGGGUAGCUCCAGCGGCAAUAGGUCGACACCGACAGUGAAAUAGUUCCCACAUAAACCCAUUCAUGUCCUGUCAUACAGAAACACACAUAUAUUUUGUGGGAAUUACGGUUAAAUUAAAUGUUUUCAAUAACCAAGUGUUAUUGAGUCGUGAAUAAAUAAACGUCCGUAACAAUCACACUUGAAAGAAUGCUUAAUUCGCGACGUUUGUAAGUACACGAUUUUAUUUUAUGAUUGAUAUAUUUAGGUACCUAUACUAUACUUAAUUACCAUCACGGCUCGAUGAUCUUGCUAUUUUGUUAUAAUGAUUUGAUUAAGCAUAAUGAAUCCUUUUGAGUAGUACAGUUUAGAACUGUAGUUUUAUGUACUGUGUACAUCCCUAGGAUCCAGAUCAAGAAUUGUGGACAAUCCUUUUGUGAUCCCUGCCCCAAUAAUAUACCAAUGUCAAUUUAAAACUAGAUUCUAGGUGUUUUUGAUCAAUAUUAGCUUUAGUGCAAUAAAUAGACGUUAUUUUCUGAUCAUCUGUGAAUUCUAUUUCAAUUGUAAGUACAUUAAUAUAGUAAAUAAAAUGUACCUGU